AUGGUGCUGGUUCUUGCAGAUCUCGCUGAUGGAAGGGUUCGUGUGCCAGGGGGGCACGUUACUGGAUUCAAUGUCGUGAAAGUGAAACUUCAAAAUAGCUUGGAUUACGAAGUCCCCGAUCCCAUGCUUCUUGCCAUGAAGGCAGCCAUCAAUUGGUAUUACAUGAUGACUGGCCUGAAGCUUCUUCCGGCCUGUAAGCCUCCAGAAGACCCACUGAAGGAAGAGAUACGCAGAGCCUUUGCGAGGAGUUGCGAGAACAAGAUCUCCGCCCAGAGACGUUGGAUGAUCUUGCCAAGGGUCUUGGCCAGUCAUCCACGCCCGACAAUCACCCCAGCCCGUGUUUCAUUGUCUCCAACAGGCUCGCAAGAGACAACAGAGGAGUAUGAUCUGAACUUAACGAACGAAGAACUGUCCCCAUGUGAGCUAUUCACCUUGUACGACGAAAUCGGGGACGAAAGCGACCAGGACUAA